AAGAGUUGGACGGCUGAUGGUGUUGUUUUUUUUUUUUGGUCGGAGUCUGUAGGGAAGCAAAACAUCUUGAACUGUGUGAAGGGCGAAGCAGCUUGAGGCUGUGCUGAAGAGACGGAGAUGCCUUUAUUUUCUCCCAAUCCUUUUGAUCCAGAUGUGGAAAAAGCAACAAAUGAACACAACACGGUGGACGACUGGGGCCUCAUCAUGGACAUCUGUGAUCGCAUUGGAACGACCCCUAAUGGUGCUAAAGAGUGUUUGAAGUCCAUAUUGAAAAGAGUAAACCACAGAGUCCCACAUGUUGCCAUGCAGGCGCUGACUUUGCUGGGUGCCUGUGUUUCAAAUGCUGGGAAGAUUUUCCACCUUGAAAUUUGUUCGCGAGACUUUGCAGCUGAAGUUCGUAGCGUGUUAAACAAGGCUCAUCCCAAAGUUUGUGAGAAGCUGAAAGUUCUCAUGGUGGAGUGGGCAGAAGAUUUUCAGAAGGACCCACAGCUUAGCCUUAUCAAUGCGACAAUAAAGACCUUGAAAGAAGAAGGCAUUUCAUUUCCCAGUCCAGGUUCUCAGCCGGGCAGUUCUGCAAAGACCAGCACUCAUGCAGUACAAAAGAAUGCAGAAGACGAUGAUUUAGCAAAGGCUAUUGAGCUAUCCUUACAAGAACAGCGUCAACAGCCAGAGACCCGACCCAUAAUCCCUCCUGUAGAUCCUCCUUUUAACAACAAGGACCUGAGAAAAGUGCGCGCCUUGUAUGAUUUUGAGGCAGUGGAAGAUAACGAGUUGACCUUUAAAGCAGGAGAGCUUAUCAUCGUACAAGACGAUAGUGAUCCAAACUGGUGGAAAGGAGAAAAUCACAGAGGUGUCGGCCUGUUUCCAUCUAACUUUGUAACGACCAACCUAAAUUCAGAGCCUGAACCAGCACUGCUUGUCGAGAAAACUGCUCAUCUCGAUGAAGCAAAGCAAGAAUCAAAGAUCGAACCGGAACCUGUUUAUAUAGAUGAGGACAAGAUGGACAGAGCGCUGCAUUUGCUGCAGAAUACUGACCCAGCUGACGCCCAGCCAGACUCGCCAGAACUUUUACAUUUAGAAGAUAUUUGUCAACAAAUGGGACCAAUGAUUGAUGAAAAAUUAGAAGAAAUUGACAGGAAACAUUCCGAGUUGUCCGAGUUGAAUGUGAAAGUUUUGGAAGCCCUGGAACUUUAUAACAAGCUGGUGAAUGAAGCUCCCGUGUACCCCGUGUAUUCCAAGCUACAGCCUCAGGCACCUUAUCCACAGAUGCCAACAAGUGUGCCAUUGCAGACCUUUGCAGGUCAUCCACAAAGUGGCACAUAUAUGGCACCAGGAAUUCCGCAGGUGGCUCCAGGACAGAGCUACAGCUUGGGACCCGAGCAGAUUGGCCCCCUUCGGUCACUUCCUCCGACAGUGAAUUCCUCGGUCGCAAACCAGCCAAGCUCAUCUCCGUACAUGGGCACUGGCCUCAAUCCUUCCUACAUGAGUCAAGCCGCAGGUGGCCCGGUGCCGUAUCCCCCUCAGCACAUGGGGGUGGCAAUGGACAUGUCCGCCUAUCAGAACACUAAUGCCAGCAUGACGCAGUCGUCCACGUUUCCUGUGACAUCUCAAGCUCUCCCGGUCCAUCAGCCGCAGCCCACCUAUUACCAACAGCCCCUCCUUUAAGUGCCCGGACUCCACCGGCUGUCGCGCAUUUCUUUGAGAGUGGGUUUGGAGAAGAGCAGACCACGAAAAUUUAAGUAGAAAGAUGUUAUCAUGUGAUUGCAAACUGCUCUGUGGCAUCUUGGCGCUUCUUCAAGGUGGAAGGUUAAGUUUCAAUUUGGGUGAAUGAGAUGCUGAAAGGCAUUUAGCAGUUUUUUUUGUUUUUCAGUCCAUGUUUAUAAUUUUAUAAAUAUUUAAAAUGAAGUGUAUAAAACUCCUGGAGCAACAGAAUUCCUAAUAAACGCUGCUCCGUUUUGUACCCCCUAAAGGUUUUCUUUAGGAUGCUGGCACUGUUGUAGAAGGAAACGCAGUUUGUCUUAGGAGUGGAGAGGCCUGUUGCUCCACCAUUUGUAGAGCUGGCACAGUGAACGGCAUGCACUCCUCGCGUGUUAUUUCACAGGCUGGCACAGUGGUGACGCUGACGAUCCUGUUGUCAUUCUAUGUCACAUCACUGCAGGUUAAAGCGCUGAUGAUUCUUAACACGAAGACAGACCUUCCUUGAAUGCUCGGCAAGCCUGUACGGGACGCCGUAUUGUACUCCAUGGCAUACUUUUUUUAGAAUUCUUCUUCGUUGAGAUUCAAUUGCUAAAAGGUCCAUCCCUUACCACCUUCUCCAUCAUCAGUACCGAUAAUGUAGUAAUUGGUUUGAAGCGGUGUGUUUAUGUAUGGGUGUGGUGAGCUGUUUGAUUUUUCUUUUUAAUCAUCCUGUUGAUGCCGCCUAAGAAAAUGCAAAGCAUAGAAACACCAAAUGACUGGCAAGUCGUCGCCUCCUGGUCCACAGCUGGUCACGUUGCUAACUUGUAAUGCCGUUUUCUCUGUACGACGGAGCAGAUGCAGCAGUUGUCGUGAUUGAAUCUGUUAAUGACAUUUCUCCUCUGGCCUCAUUCCUUCCUGUUUAAUAAUCAAGUGUGUUGUUGUUAUGCUCUUCAUAUUCAGCCGUUUUUUUACGUUCUGAAUCCCCUCCUGCUACUAACACUUUUGAUGGCCAAAAGAGACCAAAUGUUGUCUGUCAAGUCAGUAGUUUGUGUGUCUUCAGACCCCCCGCCAGAAAGGUUAACACUUUGUGACAUUAACAGUCGGCCGGUGAGGACCUGCGUCGCCGCGUACACGCGCUCUGUAAAUUAGCCGUACGAUAGUCGGGAUCUGUUCCUGUUGCACCUUACCUUUAUAAACGUUUUGCUAGCCGCUGGCUGCCUUUUUCUUUAAACUGAUUAAAGAGGAAUUAAAGCUGCUGGAUGGAAAAUAAAUCUUACUAGGGUUUCUUAAACUUUAUAUUCAAUGUUUAGAUGAUAUCUUGCAAACAAUGGUUUUAUAACAUAACAGUUCUUUUUGGAAUUUGUUACAUCUGCAUUGUAAAAUGUUUAUCAGUAAAUACUAGAAAUAAAUUUUAUCUUGUGAGUAGGCUCUCCUAAAACACAGCCUGCGUUCUGCCGUCGUCUUGGGAGAAAUGUGAAGGUGUUGUCAUUUAAUGGAAGGACCAGAAAACGAGGCGUGACAAUGUCAUUCCUGGGACUGCUGGGAGGAAGGCGCUCUUAUACUGGUGUGGAAGACCCCAUCUGUCUUGGGUUGAACUGUCGGCUGCCAGCAGGGUGUGCAGAGACUCGGAGAAAUGAACCCUCAGUGGCACUCGGCUCUCAUGAUCGUUAAUAUUAAUAAUAAUGAUUCUUAAUGCCGCGGCGGGCGUGCUUUACUCAAAUGACCGCACACAAUAGUUGUUUUUUACAUCACAGGUUUCUGUCCGCUCCUGGUGUUAAUACAGAAUGGAAUGUGUGAUUCGGAAUUGGUGCCGUUUAUUGACAGCGAUCCAAUAUUUGAAAAUGGCGCUCGCCUUAAAGGGUUCCUUUAUUCUGCUGUGUUACUCUCCCUAAUUCGUAAUUUAGGGCUAUUUGCUUUAAUUUCUGUAACUUUAACGUCCAGCGAUUUGUGUUUGGAACACACACCAGAAUAUCCAAAAGACGGAGACACAGAGGCCAUCGCCAGAAGCCCAAGUGCGUCUGCGGACUCCUAACAUGGUGGACUGUGGGCAGGUUUGGCUGCUGCUUUCUUACGGUGGACCUCGACUUUGAACAGGCCCCCCGGAGCCGCUGCAGAUUUUUUUUCUUUGUCUUCAAGGUCCUUCUUCUCCACUCACCCCUUUCUGCUGCAGCCCACCUUUAUGUACCCCCAAAUCUGUGUCUCUAACCUGUUUUGCUAUUCCUGCCUGAUCCUCUUAUCAUCCUUGUGCGUGUGACGAACCAAUCCGUCCCUUCAGCCUGCUGCCCUCCUGCUGCAGAUCAUCUGUUUGAAUGGUGGUUGUCGGAGUUUCAGCUUCCUCCUUGGCCUCUCUGUACCCAUAAAGCUGUCCUGUGGCACCUGAAGCCCGCCGUCCCCUUUAUGGAAUCGAUGGUGUCGGUCAAGGCCUGCUGUCAUCAGAAGCUCCUUGGGUGGUGGUGUGUGUGUUUUAAACCACAGUUCCUUCGAGAGCAGCUUGUGGCCCAGAAUCCCGUUGUGUGUUUAGCAAAGCGCCUCUCGAUGGGCCAUUCUGCCACUGUGGCUGUCGGCAGGGAUUCUCGGUCUGGUGCUCGUUAUGCAUUGGGUUGAAACCUGACUGAGCUGUGAGUCUCCAAAUAAAAACUCGUGGAGUGGA